AUGGUCAGCAACACGAUUAAAGAGGCUGGCUCUGGAUGCACCACUGCGACUGAGGCAAGUCGUGAUUUCAAACGCCGAAAGCUUGAUCCUCCAGAGGUGAUCGUGGAGGUGGAGCCGCGUUUCACCUCCAAAGCAGCCGAGAACGACCCAGUGUCUCGAGAGCGUCGCACUUGCGAGUCGAUUUGGACGCCUCUUGCUUCCAUGGAGCUAAACGGGCUAAACGAACACUUCAGUCCUCCGCUCGAAGACGAAUUUGCCGCUCGAGGUUCCACUGGAACCCUUCCCAGCAUCGAAAGUGACAAAGAUGAACACGACGAGUUAGAGUAUGAUUUUGAAAACAACAAGUUUGCCGAGUUCGAGUGGCUUGAACAGAUCGAUGGCAUUGCCAAGUCUGCUGGCAAGGAGGUGGCCUACUGCAACGCCAAGCUGAUCCGUAGAAGCAAAAUCGCUUGUGACUUCUAUGCAGCACUGGAACAGCCUUCACAGGAGACAUCAAGCUUGGCUUUGGCUUGUUCGACAGGUACGGACACUUAA